AUGUCCAAAACCUUUGAUGGUGAACAUGCUGCUGAUCCUCUUCGACAAGCCUUAUCCCAGGCAGUGCAUGUGUACAGCAGCAUUCAACAGCAUAUCCGAAAAAUGGUCAAUGAUGCCUUGGCCAAAGAGUAUUGCCGUAGCAGCACCGGAUCAUCUCCAAGAGACUCCAUAGCUUCCACCUGUGAAAUUUCCCCUGCACAUGCUGAGCCACAUCCAUCAGUCUCAAUCACAGGACCUUGCGAGGUGUCCAUGCUCGGUGCACCCCCCGCCGCACCCCCCGCCGCACCCCCCUUCGCACCCCCCGCUGCGUCCCCCCCUGCACCCCCCGCCGCACCCCCCGCCGCACCCCCCGUUGCACCCCCCGCUGGGUCCCCCCCUGUACCCCCCGCCGCGUCCCCCGCCGCACCCCCCGCGUCAUUUACCCCUGCCAACCACACCGUCAAAUCUGAUGAUCAACUCUUGCUGGUCCCUGGAUCUGCAAAUCGGGUUCUACAGAGCCGGUGUCCCUUGUGUUUUUCCCUGAAGGAAUGGGGCCGUCCGCUUGCUAUCGGUGGGGAUGUCCAAUUUGGUGCUGAUGGUUGCUUCAACUAUCGUCAUCUCCGAGCUGCUGGCAACGGACCAUCCUUGUUCAGUCAGGAGUACUUCCUGACACCUGAAGAGGUUCACAAGGUCAAAGAGACUGUGCUUUUGGCGAGGAAAUCUCCGAAGCCUCUCAAAGAGUCUCUAAUUUCAGCUGAUAUUGUGGAUGCCUGUGGAGAGUCAUGGACUGCCGCAAAUGAGCACAAACAAAAGGGGGAUCCAAAGCGCUAUGACUCCACUGGCAUCUUUGCACUGACAUGUCGUCACUCACAAGUCCUGUUCAUGUGUGAUAUAGACACUCCAGGAGAGCAGCAGCACUACAUAAUUGCGCUCUUGGAGAAGGUGGCCUCACUCCUGCCAUCCAAUGCAACCAUUACGCAAUGUUAUGAUAUCGGUUGUGUUCUUGACCGGAGUAACAAUUUGUUCCCCAUCCUUUCUGCCCAUUUGCGAUCUCGCGUAUCAUUCUCUCUGAACGCGAUGCAUGCAUUUGGACAUCAAUGGGCCUGCCAAUUGGUCUACAACCCACGCAUGAAGUUGGGCCCCCCUGUUCGAGUCCAACGUGAGCUCGGCAAGAUAGUCAGCCUUCAAAAUCAAAUUGAAGAUAUUGAUGACACUCUGGAGCAACUCCAAAAGACUGUCGAAGAUAGACAGAGCUCGGAGUCAGCACAUAUUGCGAUCCAGGAUCUGCAAUCCACUCAUGUCAAGCUCAGUCAACAAGCUGAGCAUCUGUUCACUUCACUCAACCUGGAGACUCAUUAUCCAGAGCUGGCUGGACUUCCCUUUGAAUUUGUGCAGAUCCUGCUGCUGAUGAGGGACCUCAAGAUUCAGAUUCGCAAACAAGCAAUUGGGACAUUUUUGGAAUGGGAGAAUUUAGACCGUGCUGUCCAAGGACGACGGGAGCCACUGGGUACGAAGCUUCAUCAAGCAGCGCGUAAAGCUCUUUCGAAACGUCAGCCAACGCUGCAUCGUCUUAUCGACAAAUUCAAUUCCUUUUGCUCUCGACUGGAAGAGAUUCAGCCUCCACACUGCUCUGUUCCCAUCCCUCUCCCACUUCCUACCAAGCUAAACGAGCUCAAGUCUCAUACCAACCUCUUCGAAGAUGUAUGGAUCACUCCCUCGGAAGGGGAUGUCCCAUUGUGGCUCUGCGAUGAAAAUGUCCGUCAGGGAAUUUCAAGUCUCCAUGUACUGGACCGCUGUCAUGAGGAAGGGCUUUGCCUGUCCCGAGAGAGCGAAAACAUGCUGCGUUGGAUUGAUCAAGAGUCUUUGCUGCUUCUUUCAGCAAAGGAUUGCAUUUCAAAUCACAUUCUGCAACAUGAGCUGGAGCAAGAAAUCAACUUUCUUCGACGUGUUGCAUCAAGAUGGCGCCGUCAAUUGCAAAUUCCUCAACCUCGGCUGCUGGCUAUGGACCCGACACUCUCUGUCAGCUCCCACAAUUUCACCCCCGCUGCGACCCCCGCCGCAGCCCCCGCCGCAGCCCCCGCCGCAGCCCCCGCCGCGACCCCCGCCGCGACCCCCGCUGCGCCUCUGAACCCAGAACCCACGAUUGAGGAACACACAAACCAGGUGGAAGCUGAUCCUCUUGAAGAUGACAUGAAUCAGUCUCUAUGGGUUGAUUCUGAGGACAUUUCCGUCGAUGAGGUUGCAGCCUGUCCCUCAGACUCAGAAGAGGCUCUUGCCGUAUCAGAUAUGAUGGAAACAGAUGAUGACGAAGACACAGCAACACUUGAACGUGACAAUUGCCAUGUCAGAAUAUCCUGGGCUUCAUUCACAAAGUCUCGAUCCACUUGUGACAACAAUCUCCUGAGAGAUCUCACAGCACAUGUUGCCAAAUUUUCCGUGAUACGUGAUCUCCAAACUCGUGUGGUUGUCCUCCCUGGAAACCUGCCCGCUGUUGCAGUCUAUCAAAGUGAUUUAGCACUACUCACAGGAUCAACAGCCCGAUUAAAUGGACACAUCCUCAACAGUGUGUCAGCAGCCAUUCUCUCAUGGUGCAUGCAACCCUUCUCGCUGCAUGCCCUGUCUGCACAGAGAUGCGCCCUUCUUUCCACGUAUGAUCUACAUCGAGUCCGUUUCAAUGCUCCUGAUAAGGUUAUCUGGAAAAAUCUGGCCCCUACGGAGUAUUGGAAUAAGUCAAUCUGGAUUAUUCCAGUCCACCGGCAAGCCCAGGAACACUGGGCUCUUGUCAUUGUCCUGGUACAUGAGCAAAAGCUCCUCCUCUUCGACAGCUUGGCUCAGAAGCGAGCUGAAAAAGACCAGAAUGUCAUGUUACUGGUGACCCGCAUGACACUCCUGGCACAUCGAAACGGAUAUGCGCUCCCUUUGAGUUUGGAUGGGGAGGCCUGGACUGCAGAGCCCAUGAUUUCCACUGCAGUUCAGUGCAACAGUUACGAUUGCGGUGUUUGGGUCCUUGUCAUUAUUGCAGCUGUUCUGCGCGGAAUGCUGGGAUCUAACAUCGCUGAACCACAAAUUCCGUUUCUACGGCACACUCUCACCAACUUCAUGCUCACGCUUCCAUGCGUGCCGGCCUGA